AUGCAUUUCUUUACCCGCCUCAUCGCCUUGGUCCCUAUAGUUCUUUCCGUCGCUUCGCUCGCCGACGCCCAAACCGCCCAAACGGUCGAGGCCGACCUCAAGAAUGUCAACAACGAGCUCUUAUCUCUCACGAGCCUCCUGAAAGGCUCCAUUAGCACUGGGGCUCAAGUUCUAGCCAUCAGUAUUGCUGCAGAAGGACUGACUAAGACAGUUAAACAGCAGACGGUUGAUACCCAAAAUUCGCCCACCUUCAGCAAUGCUGAUUCCCUAGCCAUUGUCACCACAUUGAGGACGGUGACUGUUCCUUUCGUCACUGAUGCAUCAAGCGCCUUGGUCAAAGAUAAACCUCAAUUUGACAAACUCAAAGCGACGCCGGACGUAGUCGCCAUUCUCGCCCCGCUCAUAGGGGCCGUUAAAGAUUCUUUGCUGGCUUUUCCCAACAAGUUUCCAGUUGAUCUUAGGCUUUGCUGCCAAAGCGUAUGGUAUCUGAGCAUGAAGUUUAUCUUGAAGAGGGCAAAGAACUUCGAAAUUUUUUCUUCAUUUGUGUCGGAUUUUUUGGUUGACCCUUGGGCGAGGUUAUGGGCCGUGAUGGCGCUAGCUACAGGGGACGGAACGGAUAUUCAGAGCGUGAUGGAAAAAGAAAGUUGGAAUUGUCCUCAGUUUAUAACGACCGUGAAAUUCACGCAGUCAUUUGGGCCUAAACUUAGCGGCAUCAUUGGUUCCACUAUCUCCGAGUAG